AUCUGCGUCCACCCUGUUAAUUCCUGUCUCCUCUGUAAGUGGUUGUUUGGGACUGAGCAUAAAUACAACUGUGUGGAUCUACUGUGGUGUCAGACUGUUCAGCUCAUCAUCAGCCAUGGACAGAUGUGUGCUGCUGGUCCUCAUGUGUCUGCAGGUGGUCCUGCUCAUCACAGCCUCCACUCCUUCACCUGCUGAGGUGGUAGAAGAUGAUCAACAGCAGACUCUGGUUCUGAAACAAAAUGCACGAGUAGGAAGUUCUCCAAUUCGGACAAGAAGAUACUUGUCAGGAGUUUAUUUUCCUGGUCUUCCUGGUCCUCAAGGUCCACAUGGUAAUUCUUUUGGUCCUCCUGGUCCUCCUGGUCCACCUGGUCCUCCUGGUCCUCCUGGUUUUCCUGGUGCUCCUGGUCGUCCUGGAGAGCCUGGUCCUGCUGUAUGUGGUCAUACUUUCCCAAACCGAAGAUUUGACUAAAAGUCAGAGGGAGGAGUUGAUGAAGACAGUUUUCCUGGUCCUCCUCAUCUCAGAUGAAAUAUUAUUUGUAUUGGAAACACAAAUGUAUCCACCAUGCAUCAGUUGUCAGUGUUUGUGUCCUCAUGUAUCCUUUUUCCAGCCACACUGAACAGUUCCAUAGUGUGUCUGCUCUAAAUGCAAAUGUUCAAAUGUCCAGCUGAAAUGAUGACACAUGUUUAGGAGUUUUCUAUAAUAGUGUCUGUCUCCAUCUGCCUAUUUCUAGACCAAACAGAUGGACUGAUGAGUCCAGUAACAGAGUCAUGGUUUAAUGUUGUCACUGAGUUACUGCCACAGAUAUUCAUUCAUGUGAUCAUAAGAUUCACACACUGUGCUUGUUGAGUUUAAAUAAAAUGUGGUUUUCACAAUCAA